CUUCACUAAGUGUGAGAAUAGUUGAAGAGACAAGUGAAGACAGCAGACAUGUCCCUCUGUCGAUCCCUGCAUCUCACUUUCAUGUUUUCCUUUCCUGCUCUCUGGUGUGGUAUCAAGGCUCAAGAGUUGAGUCUUCUGAGCAGUCGGGUGUCUGUGGCCUUCACUGGGGAAAAUCAGUGGAUACAGUAUCAAGCAACGAAGCCAGCCAACUGCAGCCAAACCGUCUUAAAAUGUUUCGACCCGCUUGGCCAACCCUUCUACGAACACCCAGUUCGUCCAACUGUCGGGAGCCCCUUGUCUUGGAGAGAAAUUGUUCUACUAGAAAAUCCAUCGCACUCUGGAGAGUAUUACUGCGAGCAUCAGGCAGCUCGAGUUUACUGGUUCCUCAGACUGAGAGAUAGCGGCUACUGGGAGACCACACAGAACAGCUCCGAGUGCAUCAUCUUGGCUACAACCUUUGCGGUGUUGUUGGUCCUCAGUGUCGUAGGCUCGUGGUAUGUCUUCAGAUGCAGUUGGGAACGGACCUGUGGCAGCAGGCCUAAAGGGGAGAACCGCAGACGGGUGGUGGAGGACAACAAUGACAGAGCAGCGCCAUCAUCCGUCUAUGCCAGCCUCAAUCCUCACACUCAAUCUGUUUAUGCGGUUCUGGACCGGACAUCUGUCGCAUCCGAGCCGGAUCAAAAGCAAAGUGCUCCCAGAUCAAAGAAGAGCCACAAAACAGUGUCUCCAGACGUCCAUGGUGAAGGAGCGUUUGAGUCGGUCUACGAGAACUUCUGAUGUGGUUUCAAAUGAAAGAACUGCAUUUUAAUGUUGGAACUUUGUACGUAGAUGGAAAUGUAAAUAGAUAUAUUUCUAAAAACUCUCAGUGUUUUGUCUUUGAUAAGAUAUAAUAAUGAGACACCCCAAGGGGUUUCACUGUCACAUAAAACUGCAAAAUAUUUUUCUUCUCUUAUUAUCAAAUGUUUUUCGUCAAACCAAGAACCUUCUGCAUAGGAUUCUUUUUGACACAGCAUUUUAUUCUCCGUCUGACAAGUCCUAUAUAUGAUGCAGCAACGCUGCGACGUUAGCCCCAC